CGACGACGAGCGCUUUCGCAAUCAAGGACUCUGAUCAACUCAUCCAUCUGAGGAUCCAAAGCUCUGGUCUCUCAAGGACUCAAAAAGACAAGAAACCUUCACUCAAAGGGAACACUCCAUCCCCAGCACAUCAAACCAACACCUUCGACACUUAUCAUCCUCCCAUCGACCACCAAACCCACUUGAACUGCUAUCACAACCCAAACAACCUCGCAACAAUGCCACCAACAGCUUCCCGUGUCUCUGAUCAAUUCGUCCCAACCACCGCAAAUGGAACAUCACAAAUGGUCCUCUGCGCCCACUGCCACGUCCAAAAACUACCGAAAAACUCUCUCCAACGCAAAGAGGAACAUUUACGUUCAUGCGCCUCUUUCGCUCUUUCCCCUCUGGCUACCGAGCGCGAUGCAACGGGUAAAACGAUGUUGGAAGAAAGCAUCGGACGCAGAGCUGGAAGAACGAAACCGGGGAACUCCAGGGGAGGAGAUGGUAGGGCUGAAGUGUUGCGGUUGCAGAGGAUUGGUGCAGCAUUGGGGUUCGGGGAUGCGGGACAGAGCGAGGGAAUUCAAGAGAGGGUUGAGAGGAUUCUACGAGGUGAAGGGUUGAGAAGAGAUGAUAUUGAUGAGCAUGGCACUUCUGCUUAUCAAUCUCCUGAUAUGGGUGGAGGAGGAUAUACGCCAUUCCCACCCGCGUCAUUCGAAAACAAUGAAACCAUGGCUGCGUUGUUGUCAUCCGCCACCAGAGCCACACCGACGAAUGCUGGAAACAUCAAUCCGAGAAAACGACCACUACCCACCGAUCUUCACGACACCGCGUCACCGUCAAAUCUCCUCCCCAUCUCUCAACAUCUGAGCAAUAUGCAUGCUGCUUCUGCAUCGCCACAACCACCGAGCAAUGAACACAACAAACGACUUAAACAUGCGGAGUUGUAUCUGGACGAAGCUGAUUUCGAUUUCGUGUGUUCGGCUCAAACGCCCAGGGAAGAGAGAUUUGCGGCGUUGGUGGAGAGGUUGGCUAGGCUUGUUAGAUUGAGGGAUAUGAGAGGCCGCUUUACAAGAUGAGGAAGGAGCAGAAGAGAAAGAAGAGACUCUGAAUUACUUGUCGAGCCCUCGAGGUCAUGGGAAGGAUGGGAUGACUAUCAUGAAUUUAUCACACACAAGAGAUGCAUGACAUUAGAAUCGAGGUUAUCAUCCAUCGCUCGAACUAAUAACCUUGCUUGGUUCGUUCGUCUCGUCCCUUGAUGAUGAACUUUGUGAAUCUUUUGAGAAUCCAGAGAAGCAACACACUCUCAGACCAUGCAGAGCUCCUUAGCUUUUCGUCAUGAACCUAUCCUCAUGAACAGUUGAGCUAAGUUUAGAAUUCGAACACCAACCAAGCUUGUCGCAU